GAGGACUGUCCCCGAAAGAGAGGCAACACAGAUGACAGAUUAAAGAAAGGUCGCGGAAUUUGACGUCUGGAUCCCAAAAUCCCCUCCGAAAUAGCCAUUUUCCCUCUCCAUAGCCACACCACGCCCUUCCCCUCCAUUUCUUCUUCUUCUUCUUCUUCUUCUUCUUCCCUCCGAAAUCUUCUCUUUCUCUCUGAAUUCCUCUUUUCCUCACCUCCCCAGAUCUGAUCCUUCUGAAUUUCCAUUCGCCGCCCAUUGCCGCUGCUUUUUCCGAUGGGGUUCUUUCCCUUUCUGGUGGUUCUGUUGUUUUGGCGCCACCGGAUUUAGGGUCUGGAAACUGGAAAUGGAAUUCUCUUCUUCCGUCGAUUUUCCCGGAAUCCAUCGGGAUACUCCUCCGACGGACGAGGAAUGCCACGAUUUGCGUUUGCUGACCGUGGCGUCAACAAAACCCUCUGAAUCCGGGAUCGAACCCGACAAUCAAUUCCAUACGAUGAGCGCGUUGGAGAUCUUGAGGGAAACGGUUCGGAUUCUCCGCUACAAUUCUACUGCGUUUGUGGUUAUUGCCAUUUUGCUUAUUUGCCCUGUUUCCGCCGUCUUUUUAUCCAAUGUGUUAAUCGAUGAGUCGACUGUCAAGAUGCUGACUAUCCGAUUGGUAUUAAUAGCCAGGUCCAGUGGGCUCCCAUUGAUGCCCAUGAUCGAACAUUCAUGCCAGAGAUUUGCCGAGUCGAUUCUUUCCUCUGCAGUGUGCUUUCCUUUGUUCGUUACCUUUUCUUUGUUAUCAAAAGCUGCUGUUGUUCAUACGGUGGAUUGUACACACGCCAAAAGAAGGUUCGAAGCAGGCCUGUUCCUCGCUUUAGUUCGUAAUAUAUGGAAUCGUCUUGUCACGACAUAUGUUUCUGUGUGUCUUGCGAUUGUUGGGUGUCUUACAACGUUCUUGGUUCUGCUUGGUGCUGUUUGCAGUACUUUUUAUGCAUUGGGAUUUUCGCCUGAUCUUAUUAUAUCUGUUGCUGUGAUUGGGGGGCUUGUGUUCUCUGUUAUAUUUGCUAAUGCUGUCAUCAUCUGCAACAUUGGGAUUGUUAUCUGUGUAUUGGAAGAUGUUGCAGGGCCAGGGGCAUUGCUUAGGUCGUGUGUUCUUAUUAGGGGUCAAACUCAAGUGGGGCUUUUGAUAUUUCUGGGAUCCACAAUUGGGACAGUGUUUGUGGAGGGAUUGUUUGAGCAUAGGGUUAAGAUACUGAGCUAUGGAGAUGGGUCUUCGAGGAUUUGGGAAGGCCCUCUUUUGGUGGUUAUGUAUUCAUUUGUUGUGCUUACUGAUUCUGUGAUGAAUGCGGUUUUUUACUUCAGCUGCAGAUCUUCAAGUAUGGUGAUAUCAGACGAUUCUGUUUCGGAUGGAUCAAUUGAUGAUACCAAAAACAUGGAUACCAGAAACAAUGGCGACCAAAUUCUUUGUUGUUGUUCAAACGUGGCUGGAAAUGAUUUGAAAAAAUGCAUGAAGUUGGGGAAGGCGAUGUGGGAUUUUGGCCAUUUUUCUGCAAUUGUUAGUGCUUGAAACAUGAGCGGCAGCCGGCAGGCAUCCAUUACAGCAACUUAUGAGGUCCGGCAUCCAGCUUUCCUCUUCUUCUUCUUUCCCAUUUUUGCUUUGCCAUUUCUCAACGAUGUGAUGUGAGUUAUGAUUCAGUGGCAAUAAUUUAGAAACCUUAU